AUGUCAACGCCCGCCACCGACUCGUUGCCGUCCACCGUUUCCGGGGAAUUGACGACCGCUCUUAUACCUACGGUUACCAAGAUCGAUACUCGACUGGACGUCAAUCCCAUUUCGGUGGUUUUGGCGGUGUCGAUAGUCUGCAUUUUAUCGCCGAUCACCAUCACUGGAAACUCCAUUAUCUUGGCUGCCUUCUAUAGGUACAAGAGGCUGCGAACUGCAUCCAAUUACCUGCUGGUCUCUUUGGCCAUCAGUGACUUUGGGGUCGGGGUGUUCAUGCCCUUUGGUAUGCAGCUGGAGCUGUCCGGUCUACCGGAAAAUGGCGUUUCCACGUUGUGCAUUAUCCCGUACUGCGUUGUGAUCGCGUUAUGCAGCGUGAGCGUGCUGGUCACCGUGGCGAUCGCUGUUGACCGGUUGACAUCGUUGGCACAACCGUUGCGCUACAAGAACAUCAUCACCCACAGCAGCAUCGAGAAGUACAUUGUCGUGUUCUGGAUCUAUGCGAUAGCCGUAGGCCUCUCGCCUUUGAUCUACGCCGAAAUUACGGGGGAGACCCAACCGCACAGUGGCAACUGCAGGUUCGGGGCGGCUGUGCUCCCUCCAGUGAGGGUGUUCCUGGUUGUGGCAGUAUGGGCGCCGAGCGCCCUCGUCCUCCUCGGCUGCUAUAUGUACGUGUACCUGGUGGCACGUGCACACGCACGUGCGAUUUACACGGUGGAGUUGUCGUUCAGGCAUCAGACACAGACAUUGGCGUUACCGCGUUACGGUCAAACAUUGGCAGUCACGGUCGGCGCGUUUCUCAUCCUAUGGCUUCCGUUUCAGACCUGCAUGCUGCUGGAUAUUUUCUGCGGCACCAACAUCCUCAGCGAAUGGGCCGUCGUGUGGCUUGGGCUGCCUAUCAUGGCUCAUAGCGGCGUGAACCCGUGGAUUUACGCUUUUCAUCACGGUGAGAUGAGGAUUGCAGCUGGGAAGAUCACCGAGAAGUUGGUUGCUCUGUUCGGUGUGACACCCAGCCGCUAUGGUUGCUCGCCGAUGAGACGAGGUUCCCACACGAACAUGGAAUUAGCAGAGGUGAACAACAGCAACGACGAAAGACGGCAUCCUGUCGAGGAUUGUUUCGCAGUGAAGCAAAACAGCACACUGUACACCAGCAGACGGUGUCUGGAUUUAUCAGGCAGGCACACAGACAUCUCUCCGGAGAGGAACAUCGAUCACACGUCUUCUGGAAGCAGGCACGGUGACAUCGUUGAAGAAGACAUUCACGAUCUGACGAAGAUGCUCGAUUUGAAGUACAUCAUCGAUCGUAACCAUAUGAUCGACUCGAAUCACAACAUCGACAAGAUUAAGAACCUCAAAUACCUGCUGGAUCCGACGUUCAACAAGAUCAGACACCUGAGCAGAUUGAACCACAAGAGGCUCACCAGUAAGAACUUCUCGAAAGCGUCGGAACCGAAGUUCACCUCGUAUCAGAAUUUAAAGAGCGACAGUACUCUGAACCGUAAAGUACUGCAGAUGAACACCAUGUCGGAUCCAGUGUUGAGCGCCGACAGUCCAAUGGUGCACGCGAAAGACUUUCACGACGGUUUGAGUCCUAUGAACUGCAAGAGAAGAAACUCAACCCUGUGCUCGAUGUCGGAUCCUAAUAUCAAAGCUGCGACUGGACUGUCUUCCGAGGUGAAUCUUCGACUUCCGAGCAGCGGGAACGUGAUCGAGGCACAUAGAUACUCUGUACAGAACUUGGAUCACAACAGAUGCGACGGAGGAUUGGCUAGGCACGUUAUGCUGUCUCAACAGUUGGAAAAUCAGAAACGAAAUCAGGUCUAUCCACGUCCAAGAGUGAAGAUUAACAACUUAGAUCGAACCAGUCCAACCUUGAAUUUGAGAUUCCAAAAUAGUUACACCUCGCCAUCCACGCCAGAUAGCACGAGAUCGAGUUUGCUGGAGAGUCCGAGGCAGAAGACGUCUCCGAAGCAUCUGAUGACAAUUACCUCGAACAAGUUAGCUAAUUUCGCUCAUUCGGAUAACGCGACGUCGAGAGCAACCUUGUUGCAAGUUCGAAAGAACAUGGAGAUACUGAAACAUUCCGAAUCGAUCAAUACCAUCGAACCAAUGACGCACAUGAGACUGUUAGAGCCAUACAAAGUGAUCGAAACUCUAACUGUACCGACAAUACACUCGGAACCACCGAGUCCCAUAGAUCCUCUUCCUCUCGCGUCUCUGGAGGAGGAAGAGUCAAGAAACUCCGAGACGACGAAACCUUCCAUUAACCUGGAACGUUCGAAAUCCCCAAUGGGUAAUAGAAGGAGUCCUGUAAGGCACUCCGAUCCUGUGAUACCAUCCGUCUUGUUGAAUAUCGAAGAUUACAGCGACAACCGCGAGUCAGUCAACGACAGAUCUAGUCACAACAGUUCCUCGAACAAUCUAGCAUCGAUAGAGCCUAUAGAUCUGUUCGAAGCGCUAUUAAAGAACUCGGAGAGGUGCAGAGAGGGAAAAUUACCGGAGCCAAUCUUCGCAGAACACGACUCGACGAGAUUCAGCUCUCGGAGACCUUCAGAUUCGAAGUGGUCCGAGUCCUCUAGAAGUCAAGAGAUCCUAUCUAACGUGGUGAACGAGCAUCAAGCGUUUCCUUCGUCUUAUUCGGUGAACAACUUCCAAGUUUGCAACAGCGGUAGUGAUUUAAACGACCUGACAUCCCUCGAUCCGUUCAUGUGUCCAGACGCUUUGAGUUCGUCCUUACGCGAGUCUUUCUUCAGUGCUCCAUCCGUACCUGACUCGGAGAUCUUCACGUCGUUCGAGGAGAAUGACGAGUCUAAUCUGACACCUGAAUCCGAAGGUCAUCUAUCCCCCUAUAUAUCCGGCUCUACGAUCAGUCUGAAGAAAUCAACGAUGGAGAAUGAUCUACAGAGCAAAUCCACCGAGUUCGUGUUUCGAAACAGAUGUCUAUCGACGAGAUCCUGCACGCUCCUUAGAUUAGAGCCGUCCUUACAUCGAAGCAGAUUACGAGUCAGGCCGGGAACGAAUUACAUCCUGAAGGACACGUCGGUCAAGAAGAAUCCACGCUUGGCACCGCUCGCCACGCCGACGCCCACGGAAAUUUGCACGCCUACGUUCGAGCUUGUCUCGGAGAUAAAAGGUGACAACGGUGUCGGUGUCAGAGUAUAG